AUGGCGGACUCACUGCACGCCCAAGCUGCCGCAGAGCUCGCUGCAGAGCCCGUCGUCGCGCCCGCUGUCCCCCUCGAGCCGUCCCGCCAGCGUCUCGCACACUCCGCCACUUUGACCGCCUCGCCGUCAUCGACGACCGCUGAACGAGUCAAUGGGGCUGUCCCGCUGCGCAUACCGGCUAUCCUGCGCUUGCAGGAGAGCAAGGGCGGCUCAGCGCUGCAGAAGAAGGAGCGGACGGCGAGGGAGGGCGCAGACCCGGUUCCGAGGAAGGGAGGAGGGACGGCGCCGGGCGGGAAGAGGCGACGAAGGCGGUGGGAGAACGCCCAACUCGCCGGAAAUCCUCACCUCCAUCGCCCUACUCGCGCCGAUUUCAGCCCUGGACCGUACAUGAAGGAUCUCUCGACAACGUUUACACCCCCGCCCGCCCACUUCUCCCGCUCGACGUACGUCUCGUCUUCUCCCGCGUCGACUCCUUCAGCUGCCUCUCUCGCCAGCAACGCCGACUAUGGGCAGUUCUCGAUGUCUCUGCGCGGACUGCGGCGUAACUUGCGACUGGCAGUCGGGCCUCGCGCUCAACGAGGACAGGGCGGACGGACAGAAGAGGUCCUCGACAUCAUGGAGCGCGAGUUGAAGGACUGGCUCAUGCUGAGCGGACGCAUCCCCGAGGGCUUCUAUCACGACUCGAUGCCCCUCGUUGGCAACUCGCUUAUCCAGACCAUCCACCGCGGCAAGCUCCUCGACCCGACUGCGCUCGAAGACUUUACCCUGCCUACUCCCGGCACACUCGACUUGCUCCCGGACCUGCCCACGCGCACGACCGUCGCCGAUCUUCCCGACGUGCCCACCCUCACCGAGUUGUCCCGCCAACCUCACACCCUCAUCUGGCUCGCCCCUUCUUCGCAUCACCGCUUCCUCCUCCACUCGCUCGCACGGUACUACAACCUCACCUCCUUCUCCCGCCCGCUCAACCCGCUCGAGCCUGACGUCCGAGUCACGCACAUCUUGCGCCCUCAGCUUGUCCGGCCUCGCGGCGUACCAGUCGCAGCAGCUCACGGCGAAGCAGGAGCGUGGGACACGCCGCCGGGGACCGACUGGAGCGCUGCGGGCGGGACGACGACGGAGAUCGAGGAGUUCACGGCGGGCGAAGAGACGGAUACGGAUGCGGGAAGCGUCCUGGGCGAGCGUGUCGGCGACGAGUGGGAGACGGUCUCAACUGGACAGCCCAUCACGGGCGGCACGGACGACGAGGCCGAGGCGGUCUACUCGUCCGCUACGGACAGCGACGACGGCUUGGAGCGAAGCGAGGACAGCGAGUACGAGGUGGAUGACGCGGCGCGCAACGGCGGCGUCGACUCGCUCGCCUCCUCCUUCGCCGACCUGUCCACCGCGCCCGUUGCUCCUGCCACCCCCUCGUCUCGCUCUGGCGUCAGUACCCCGUCUCCUGCCUUUGCACUCUUCGUCCCCGUCGCGUCUCCCGCCGGUGCCGCCACGCCUCUCGCCGCUGUUCCUCCCCGCCAGGCUUUCUCCCCACUCUCGCCCGCAUCGCUGGCGACGCCGACGCGACCUGUAGACCGAGCUCGCGGUCGCCGCAGCCUGCCAGGACCGUCGCUGGACGGCUACACCUCGGCCGAAUCGAGUCCUUCGCGCAGUCCGACCCGCGGAGCGAACGGCGGCACGAACGCCAUGUCGUCAUCCGGCCGGAACGCUUUCGUCGGAGCAGGUCUCGCGGACUGGAAGCUGCCGGAGCGGGACUUUGUAGACUGGCUCCUCAACUAG